AGUGGAACACGGAAGUGUGUGUGUGUGUGUGUGUGUCAGUUCACUGUGGUCGACUAUGGCGCUCCGCACCGUCGUUAACCGUCUGUCACAUUUUCAGAGACACUCUUUCAAGAUUGUCACCAUUCAAACACCAGGAGCUGUCAAAUUCAAAACAACUUGUCCCAUAGAAUUGAGUCACCUGGACCAUUUGGUUCUCACAGUGAAAAGUGUCCCAGACACCAUCACAUUCUACACCUCAGUCCUUGGCAUGGAGGUCAUCACGUUCAAGGGAACCCGUAAGGCUCUGUGUUUUGGCCAACAGAAGAUUAACCUUCACCAGCUAGGUCAGGAGUUUGAACCCAAAGCCAAGCAUCCGACCUCAGGCUCUGCAGACCUGUGUCUUAUCACCAGCACCCCUCUGGGGACAGUUGCUGCACAUCUGAAGGACUGUGGAGUCAAGAUAGAAGAAGGUCCUGUGGAGAGGAGCGGGGCUGCCGGUCCCAUCACGUCUCUGUACUUCAGGGAUCCAGACCACAAUCUCAUUGAAGUGUCAAAGUAUAACCAGUCAACAUCAGAUGGGUCAUCUUGAGAACCCUUUGAUCAUGUUAGUGAACAUGAGGAAAGUUAUUUGGGCCCUGUAAAUCACUGCACUUAAGACAACACAUGCUUAGACUGAGACUGAGGUAAAUAAAAAUCAUUUGGCUUUGCAGAAACACUGCUCAUGACUGUGACUAUGUAUGUACAAUGAGAGAUUAUGUUAUGGGUAUAAUUUCUCAUUGUAUGGGUAGUACAAUGAGAGAUUAUACCCAUAACAUGUUGGACAACAGUGUGCUCUAUCUGUAGUCCAAAGACAGGUAACAUAAAACUUUAACACGGGACAGCACACAAAUAAAAUGGACACAUUAUAAUACAAGUAGUCAAAUAUACUGUAUUGUUGUGUUAAUGCAGUGUAAAUGUUUUCUCAACAAUGAGUAUGAUAUUCACUUUCCCAUAUAACAAUUUUCUGAAUGCAGUUAUGUAAUGCACUGAAGAGCAAGACACACUUUUCCUCUGAUGCUCCAGAAAUGACUUGGUUAUAGAUAGCCAGAGGAAGGAAAACAAUUGUCCAUUUCCCAGCUGUAAACCAAACCUGUCGUUUGUCUCAGCCUUAGACGUAUACAAAGGUUAUCUUGCCUGCAGACAUUUGAGAUUGUGCUAUUAUAAGGUUGUGGGUGUACUGCUGUAGUGCUUCCUUUUGCCUUUAUGGAAUAUAAACCUAUGACUGAGUAA